AUUUUUAUUUUUUCAGUUUCAGAAUUUUUGAAGAGAGAGAAGAAGAAGAAUCGACAAUGGGGAAAGAGCUGAGCGGCGAUCAAGUUUCCUCCAUGAAGGAGGCCUUUACGCUAUUCGACACCGACGGCGACGGCAAGAUCGCCUCUUCCGAACUGGGUAUCUUGAUGCGAUCCCUUGGUGGAAACCCUACCCAAGCCCAACUCAAGCAAAUAGUCACCGAGGAAAAGCUCUCCUCACCUUUUGAUUUCCCCCGAUUCCUCGAACUCAUGUCUAAGCACCUCAAACCCGAGCCAUUUGAUCGGAUGCUUCGCGACGCCUUUAAGGUCCUCGAUAAGGAAGGUACUGGCUUUGUCGUUGUUUCAGAUCUAAGGCACAUUCUUACAAGUAUCGGUGAGAAAUUGGACCCGGCUGAGUUCGAUGAGUGGAUCAGAGAGGUAAAUGUUGGAUCUGAUGGAAAGAUCCGGUAUGAGGAGUUUAUUGCUAGGAUGGUUGCAAAAUGAUCUCAGGGUAGUUCGAUGGAGAGGUGUAUCUCAUUUGCUACCUACCUUUAUGUUGCCAUUCUUCUUUGUUUUCAGUUUUUUCUAAUCUUCUGGCCUAUAUGGAUCGAGUUUGCGGUUAGGGUUAUGUUGUAGGCAAGAGAGCCUUCUUGUUUGGAGUAGUUAUUGCAAAAAAGGUUCUUGUUGUUUUCUCCCUUGAAUGUAUAGAUCAGCUCAAUUAUGUUGUUUACUUUUGAAAUUGUGCUGCUACUAUCAAAGUUAUUAGUUUAUGUCGCAUUUUUUUAAGGUUGUGUUUUCCAUUUAUGUUUAAGGUUGAUUGAAUAUUCAUUUAGUGUCACGUUAUAUUGCAAUAUUCAUUUAAAGGUUAUGGGGUU